UAAAUCAAAGAAGCGCGUCACCUGUUAUUAUGAUGAUUCAUAUGUAUUGGGGCAUACGCGGUACGUGGCACGCGACAGCUUUAGACGCUGAUCAGUCAUCAUGCUAAUACAACGAGACUUGGACAUGUCAAUGGUCCUGUCGACGUUUUUCUUGAGGAAUAUCGGUAUAUGGGUAACCAACUAUCCCACGGAAGAACGUCGGAUGAAAAUAAUGAUCAUUUACACAAUAUGGAAUUCUAUAUUUGCCACGAUCAUUAUUAUCAGAGAUUUAUAUUUCACUGUGUUGUACAAAGGCGAUAUUCUUUACGUCACUACCAACAUAUUAACCGUGACAAUGGGUUUAGUCAAGAUAUGUAUCAUAAUGAAGCAUAAAAAGGAAUUUAUAAAACUGAUCGUGUACGUUCAACAACAUUUUUGGAAUGUUAAGUACGAUUUUCGCGAGAAAGAAAUUUUGGAUGAUUGCAAGAAAACUUGCACCUUCUUCGUCUGUUCUGUCACCAUAAUGGGUACAUUUGCUAUACUAGCUUAUCUAACAACACCGAUUAUCGGAAAUAUUGGGAAAAAUAAAUCCGAAAGAGCAUUUCCUUUCAACGUGUGGCUGAAUUUGCCAGUAUCUAUGUCGCCUUACUACGAAAUGAUAUUUACUCUACAGACGAUAAGUAUGUAUUACGUAUCGGUAAGCUAUUUUUGCUUCGAUAAUGUUUUCUGCAUCUUGGCCAUACACUUGUCUGGUCAGUUUCGCAUACUUCGAUACAGGUUUUCAAAACUGUGUGACAUGGAACGUCGGACGAAGGAAGAUGAUAUGGAGUCGGCGUUAACAAGGCAUGUGCAUGUGUUUUACGAGAAUUUGAAGGCAUGCAUUCGACACCAUCAGGCACUCAUCACUUUCUGCGACAGGCUUGAAAACGUGUACACGAUGUUGAUAUUUGGACAAGUGUUGGUAUUUAGUGUGUUAAUUUGCCUGUUUGCUUAUCAAGGAUUAUUGGCUGCUGCCCCUCUAGCGAGACGCUCGAUUUUCAUCUUUCUUUUAGUCGGCUCAAUGGCUCUACUGUUUAUGUUCACCUAUAGCUGUGACAGUGUGAUAGAACACAGUGAGAAAGUUGCUAUAGGAGCAUAUUCAGCGCUGUGGACGAUUAUGCCAAUGAACAAAUCUGGAAAGAUGCUUCGAAACGAUCUAAUAAUGGUGAUUGAGCGAUCAAGACGAGUUUGUUGUCUCACCGCGAACAAAUUUUUCCCUGUAUCAUUGGAAACUUAUACCACAAUUUUAUCUACCGCAGUGUCAUAUUUCACUUUGUUGAGAAAUCGUGUAGAAGACGAAACUUUAAAUUGGUGUAAACGUACCUGUACGGUUCUCGUUUGCGUCUUCACUUUCUUCGCUCAAGGAACAGUUAUCUCUUACGUGAUAGGACCAAUUCAAGCAAAUAUUGGAAGAAACGAAACAAAUCGAAUACUUCCGUUCAAUAUAUGGUUGAACGUACCAAUAUGCUACAUGACGCCAUACUUUGAGAUCGAGUUUAUCAUACAGGUUUUGUGCCUGUAUCACGUUGGCGUAUGCUAUCUUUGUUUCGAUAAUAUUUUAUGCAUUAUGAAUCUACAUACUGCUGGACAGUUUCGUAUCUUACAAUAUAGACUUGAAAAUAUGUGCGGUGAAAAUAACAACGAAAAAUUGUCGUACAGCAUAUGUAAAUAUAUGAAACUUAAAACUUACAUUCAACAACAUCAAAUGCUCAUUGAAUAUUGUAAGAAACUCGAGCAAGUGUUUAAUUUGAUUGUGCUUGGACAAGUAUCGCUCUUCAGCUUAUUAAUGUGCCUCGAUGGAUAUUUAGUACUUACGGAAGACGCUCCUCUUAUGAGACGCCUUAUUUUCCUAUUUCAUAUAACGGGUUGCAUGUGUCAACUGCUGAUGUUCACCUAUAGUUGCGAUUGUCUAAUACGAGACAGUACGAACGUAGCUAAUGCCGCCUACAAAAGCUUAUGGUCGUUUCUACCAAUGGACAAAUAUGGGAAAAUAUUACGGAGAGACUUGAUGUUAAUUAUCAUGAGAUCUAAUAUACCAUGUUGCUUGACCGCUAGUGGAUUCUUCAUCGUAUCAUUGGAAACGUAUACUGGAAUUCUAAGUUCCGCGGCAUCGUACUUCACGUUGUUGAGAAAUCAUGCAAGCGAUACGUCUUAAACGCAAGUACCAACAACAUUUUCGAAUAAAGAUCCAAGAAAUUUAAAUGUUUAAAAGCAUUUAGGUAUUUAUUUACUUGAUAUUACACAAAAAUAUCAGUUGCUUUGCCUAACCUUCAUUCGUAGGCUGUGUUUCCAGGAAAUGCAGUUACUCCGAUCAAUAUUCGGACACCCUUCGAAACAGAAUAACUUUUUUAAA